GUUGCUUCGCCAGCACCACAACGACGUCGUUACGUAAAUACAACUAUUAAACCAUCGUCCCUGAAAAUGUCACCGAUAUUAUCCCCUGGAAAUCGAAGAAGAAAGGAAGUCGGCGAAUACUGGCUUGGGAAAACUUUAGGAAAAGGGUCAUCAGGAAGAGUCAAACUUGGUGUUCAUAAAGUGACAGGACAAAAAGUAGCGGUUAAGAUCAUAUCCAAAUCACAUCUUAAUAGCAAUGCAUCCAUAGAGAAAUCUGUCAAACGAGAAAUUGCAGUGAUGAAGUUGAUCAAGCAUCCUAACAUUAUUAAUUUGAUUGAUGUCAUUGAUUUAUCCGAUGCUACAAAUUUGUACCUCAUUUUGGAAUACAUUGAAGGCGGAGAAUUAUUUGAACAUCUUAUCUCUUGUGGUAAACUGACUGAAAAAGAAGCGAGGAAAUACUUUCAACAGAUCAUCUUUGGUUUGGAUUAUUGUCAUCGUCAUUUAAUAUGUCAUCGAGAUCUCAAGCCAGAGAAUCUAUUAUUGGAUAAGGAAAAGAAUAUAAAGAUAUGUGAUUUUGGUAUGGCUUCCUUACAACCAACAGGUUCUUUAUUACAAACAAGUUGUGGAUCACCUCAUUAUGCCAGCCCUGAAAUAGUCAAUGCAAUUCCAUAUGAUGGAUCAGCUUCAGAUAUAUGGUCAUGUGGAGUGAUUCUUUACGCUCUAUUAAACGGUCAUUUACCAUUUGAUGAUGAUAAUAUGCACAAUUUAUUAAAAAAGAUGUCAGAGGUUCAAGCUCAUCCUUGGUUCACCAUCGAUCUACACUCCAUUCCUUUUGCUUUACCUAAUCCUCCUACGGCCGGAGAAAUUGGAAAAAGGCUAGCAAAUGAAUCUGAGAUAGAUGAUCGUAUUUUGGCAACAUUACAGGACCUUUGGACUGAUUUGACUUCUGCUCAAGUCAUCGAAGCUUUACUUAAUGAAGAGUAUAAUAUGCAAAAAGUUACAUAUGUACUUCUUCAAAGGUAUUCUACUGAUUAUUGGCAAAAAGCGCAUGACGAUGAAAUUCGAGCAGUCUCAUCUCCUGCAAAACGACGACGACCCGCUACUAUUUGUGCAGUUGCUCCUUCAUCAAAAGAACCUUUCACUGGUCUCAAUGAAAUGAUGUUAAAGAUAGCUGAACAAGAAAAUACCAUUCCCGGUUCUCCACCACCUGGAAUUCAACACAAUUCUGAUCAACCACACUCUGACAACAACCAAACUAAAGCGUCUUUACAACCUAUUUUACCUGAUAAAGAAGAAGAAACUCAAAAUGAUUCUCCUCCUCCUCUUCCUCCCAAACCCAAGAUUAUUCGUGCUGAU